GUGCCCUCCCACACGGCCCCGCAGCGCCGCUCCUCGCCCGCCCCAGGGUCCCCCGGGAGGGGCGGCGGGCAGAGGGCUCGGCUCUCCCCUGAGCAGUGCUUGGCACAGCAGAGACAGCGGAGCGGGGCUUCGGUGCUUCGCGCCCCCGCCUGCCCUCGACGGGCCGGGGGUCGGGGAGGGGGAGGUGGCGCCGCCCUCGCUGGGGGCUGCGGUGAGUCCCCGCUGUCGGGCGGCCGCUGGCCCUUGCAGAGCGCCGAGCCCACAUUGUUCUGGCUGCCGUGUUCCCCGCGGCUCGGCUCGGCUCGGCCCGUCCCUCCCUCCUUCCCUCCUCCGCCUCCCGUCCCUCUCCCCUCCCUCCCCAGGUCCCUCCUUCCGUCGUCACCGGGCGGUGUAUAAAUCCCCUUCCCCGCCGUAUCCCCCCACCGCGGGAGACCCUGGUAGUUUGGCCCCCGGGGCGGGAGCCCGCCGCCUCCGCACCGCUGGGACCUUGCGCUUCUCGCCGCUGACAGCCCCCCUUCUCUCCCCGCGGGGCUCCCCUCGGACGGUUCCCACCGGCCUCUUCCCUUCACUGCCCGGGCCAGGAUGUCGGAAAAACGCGUUGAGGAGGCGCCUGCGGAGCUGAGCGCUAAGGAAAUGAAAGAAAAGAAGGAAAAACUUGAUGAGAAAACAGUCCACAAAGAAAAGAAGAAGGAGAUAGUAGAGGAUGAGGAAAAUGGAGCUGAAGAGGAUGAGGAGGAGAACCCUGAUGAUGUGGAUGAAGAAGAAGGUGGUGAUGAGGAUGAAGAGGGAGAUGAGAAUGGGCAAGAGCAGGAUGGUCAUGCAGAAAAACGAUCUGCAGAGGAGGAAGAGGAUGAAGUGGAUCCAAAGAGACAGAAGACAGAAAACGGGUCUUCAGCUUGAGUCCUCCCCUCCCAUCUCCUCUGUUCCGUCCAUCUCUCCUCCUCCAUUCCAGCCUGUGCUUGCACUGUCCAUUAGCCUCUGGCUUCACACAAUCUCAGAUGAGGAAAGAUUAGAAAAGCUCUCAAACAGGGAAGACAGC